GAUUAUGGGUUAUGGAGGAGCACAUCAGGGAUAGCCUCACAGAACUGUAGCCUAUGUUUUCUCUGACUACUAUACGUGUCCUCCGUUUAUACCACAAAUACACUGCAUAUUGCAUAUGUACGAAGUAUACUAUUGAUUCACUUACAUUCGUAGAAUUGUCACGGAAUAUAAAUUAUUUGCCACAGUCUGAUCUUAUCUGUUCUUUGAUGCAAAUAACUAUCAAUCUCCAGUCCACACUUCAGUCUCAGUCGCUAAAACUUCUCCGGGAUAUACAAAAAGAUGGUGACUGUGGAUGCCUCAAUUUUCUCAAUAGAACGCAACUUUUGACUUGUUAAACAACCGAAACGCAUCGCAUAAAGAGUGAGGAAAGGAUAUGGAAUUUUGAGCCUUCUUUAAAGAACUACAAUAACCAGAGAAAUGGGGAAAUCUUAGGUGGCGUAUGAUAUGACGUAGGCUACAAACCUGCACUGGACAUAUGACCGCUGUGCUGAGAAAAUACCAUUAUUCAGUAGCCUAAGUGAAACGGCAGGUGAGAGUUGUAACAGUUUUGAAAGCUUGCCAGCUGGCGAGCUUCUCUACAAACACGGGAUGCCAUAAGAUCACAUAACAGGAGCGGUCAUGCACUGGCUUUGGCAGUGAAGAGGGGGGGGAAAAAGCACGCGUAGGUCAGGGGUCACCAUGGCUCUGGAAGUGUACGAGGCCAUAUUCACAGCCAAGCAGCAGCGAAGGAAGAACCUGUUCCUCAACUACAGGAACCUGCGCAUGUUCCCCGCCGACCUGCUGGGGGACGAGGGCCUGCACUUCCUGGAGAGGAUCUACAUGAAGUGGAACUCGCUCACCACCCUGCCAGAAAAUCUUGCCCAGAAGCUCCCAAACCUAGUUGAGCUGUACCUGCGCUCCAACAGCAUGGUGACCGUGCCUGAAGCUGUGUGUGACCUGGCGAAGCUCCAGUCUCUGGACCUGAGCGACAACGCUCUGCGGGUCAUCUGUCCUGAGAUCAGCCAGCUGAGCUCGCUGCGUCACCUGAGGCUGGCCAACAACCGGCUGAAAACCCUGCCUGCAGAGAUCGGGGAGCUGAGGGACUUGGAGACGCUGGACGUGUCCAUGAACCAGCUGACCAUGCUCCCAGCGCGGCUGCACCAGUGCCGGUCACUGCAGUGCCUGACCGCCGACCGCAACGGCCUGAGCUGCCUGCCCCGCCAGCUCGGCCAGCUGCACAGCCUCAACGAGCUGUCCAUGGCCGCCAACCGCCUGGCAACCCUCCCGCUGGAUCUAGGGCGCUCGCGGGCCCUGCAGUUCGUCUUCGUCGACAACAACGUUCACCUGAAGGGCCUCCCGUCCUCCCUUUACAGCAAGGUGAUCGGCUGCAGCGGGUGUGGCCUGUCGGCGCUGGCGUCCGAGAGGCUGCUGUCCGUGGCGCUCGGGGACGUGACCGUCCCGCUCCCAGCGGAGGUGCAGGCGGUGGGUUCGGUGACGGAGGGCGUGGUGCCCCUACAGGAGCUGGCCAUGAGGGCCUUACACAGCGCACACUGCUCCAGCGCCCCCCACAGGGAGAUGAAUCUCCUGCCUCAGAUCCUGUUACCCAGAAUCCUCCAGGAGCUGCUGGGGUGCCCCGUGGGUCACUGUCACCGCUGCGGCCGGGCCAUGUUCACCAUCGUCUACCCCAAAAUCAUCCCCAUGGGGGAUACCGCUCUGGCCGCGGCCCACCUCAGGACCAGGGUGAGCUUCGUGGCCUACUGCUGCUCCAGCCAGUGUGUCCGCGCGUUCAGCUUCCAGAACUGAGCACCGGGUCAAGCAGCGGACUCCAAGUUCUAAUGGACCAGAACCGGUCCCCACUGCAGCCGAACUCAGGGGUGGGACCCGGUCAGGGGGGUCAUGGUCUGACUUAAACUCUUCCGACAUUUCUUUGAAAAAAUGUUUUUUCAUCUUCUUAGUCUGUUAGGUCUGGUUGAAUCUGUCAGCUGCUACAAAAGCAGUCCCUUCUGAAGGAACAGAGUGAUGUUCUCUACAGUAGAAUUCACACUGGUCUGUUUGGCCUGUAAAAUGAGAAUAUACAUUUUUGACAUUAACAGCGGUGUGAUCAGAAUCUUUCUGCAUGUUAUUGUCCAUCUCUCUGCUCCCAAAACUUUUUUUAUUUUCUCUCAGUUUAUGGAUUGUAUUUUCUUCCAGAUCCGUUUAAACUGAAGAAAUAAAUAAUUGAGAAUAA